AUGCAGGCUUGGAGAAUCAUUGACGACGAUGAGGUGGUGUUGGGUGGUGUGUUAUGUCGAGAUGAUUGGAAUGUGGUUCACAAGGCCCAGUGGGAUGAUGAAUUGGUGGCAGUCAGGUCCAGACGACUUCGGAUGGGUCACAAGGAACAGCAAUUGGUGUGCUUCAUAAGGGAGGCAGCUGUUCAUGCCUCCAUUGCACAUCCCAAUGUUGUCCACCUGUAUGGCAUCACCCGGGUCCUGCAAGUUGAUCAUGGAACUGGCAGACGGCAACCUGUGGCAAAUGUGUCAAGGAAAAUCCCUGGAAUGGCAUGUCAAGCGGUCGCUCCUCCAGCAAGCGUCUGCAGGAUUGACAUAUCUGCACUCCCUGGAAGAGCCUGUUGUGCAUGGCUCUGUCAGCAGUCUCAGCUUUGUAACCUUUGGCACUGA